AAUCAGGAAAUUCUACUCAAUUGAAUCAAUUAAAUGUUUGUCCUGCACCAUUGAUACCUUCACCUAUAUUUAAUUAUACUGGUAAAACAUGUUUCGGAGGAUGUUGCCUUCCGUGCCCCUACGUAAAUAAUUUCUAUCCAGCAGGUCAAAUAGAUGCAAUAUAUACAGUUUUAAGCGUUAUAAGAGUUAUUUCAUUUGUUGGUAUUGCUAUUAUCGUAUUGAGUUAUUUGGUGCUGCCAAAUAAAAGAGAGCAUCCGGCUAUGAUCGUUCUUAUCUUUAAUACUUGUCUCCUGGCAUUUCUCGGUAUCACUUUUUUUUACAUUGGAAAUCACAAAAGUAUUCAAUGUGCUGAUGAUUUCACUCAAGCAACCAUGAAAAACAACCUUCUUUGCGGUGUACAAGCAUUUACUUUCGUACCUGCUAUUACAAGCAAUAUUUCAUUCGAUUUUGGUGCCGUCUGUAUGGUUUCCAAAAAUAUCUCUAAAGAAUUGUUCUGGGCUCCACUGGCCAUUAUUGUCGUACCUGCAUUUUUGAUUCAUAUUGCAACUUUUAUUUAUGUUGCUAAGGCACAAUGGAUGUUGGCACGUGAUUUUGACGAUUCAUCCUUUGGAACGAUCGUAACAUAUUCAACUGGUUACUUAGAACAUGUCACUAGUAAAGAUGUUUUGAACGUCAUUAAGAUUCAAUGGCGCUCUUUAUUAUUAGCGAUGAUUUUGUUGUUGACAAAUGAUGGUCAAAAUGAAUGCGCGUAUAUUCCAAAAGGACACAUUCCGAAUGUUGUUUUCUUGACCGUAUCAGAGCUAUUAACAGCAUCAGUGGGUAUAUCUAUUUUUUUAGUGUUUGGAACUAGUGUUGGUCUUUUGAUGGAAUGGAAACAUUGGUUCAAUAGAACUUUUGGGCAUGUUGAAAAAAGUGAUAAUAUAUUUUUGUAA